AUGCCUAAACCAGGUAGUGGCACGGCUGUAGCAAAGAACAUGCGACCACCACCACUGGCGACACACCUGGCAGCUCAUGGAAAUCAUGCUGGGUGCCGGGUGUCAGAAAUUCCAUCAUGGCAGCCUGAAAGCCAGGUGCCUGUGCCAUCAUACUGGCCAGAAAAUGGUUACUGCCUAACACCUACAUCUGAAUCCAAGUCUCACUGGCUGUAUGUGAUCCACAAAGCUAGGUUAUGUGCUUGGGCCCUAGCUGCAAGGGCAAUUGGGAAAUUUUAUGGUUUCAACUUGGAGGAGGCAGGAUUUACAAGUCACUCCUUGUUUUGUUUUUUCUCCCACUUCCUAAACCACGCCCAAGUGGUGAUCCUCAGCCUACCCAGCGCCUGGGCGGAGAGGGCCUGCAAGAGCACCUGCCCGGAGGCCUGCUCCUGCAGCAGCCUGGAGCGUGGCUGCUCAGUGCGCUGCGACCGAGCUGGCCUCCUGCGGGUGCCAGCUGAGUUCCCGUGCGAGGCAGCCUCCAUUGACCUGGACCGGAACGGCCUGCGCUUCCUGGGCGAACGGGCCUUUGGCACGCUGCCAUCGUUAUGCCGCCUGUCGCUAAGCCACAACAAUCUGUCCUUCAUCACUCCCGGCGCCUUCAAGGGCCUGCCUCGUCUGGCAGAGUUGCGCCUGGCACACAACGGCGAACUACGCUACCUGCAUGCACGCACCUUCACCUCGCUGGGCCACCUGCGCCGCCUGGACCUGACAGCCUGCCGCCUCUUUAGUGUGCCCGAGCGCCUUCUGGCUGAGCUUCCUGCCCUGCGAGAGCUCACCGCCUUUGACAACCUGUUCCGCAGAGUGCCGGGUGCACUGCGUGGCCUGACCAACCUGACGCACGUGCACCUGGAGCGCAGCCGCAUCGAAGCAGUGGCCUCCAGCUCCCUGCAGGGCUUGAGGCACCUGCACUCACUGAGCCUGCAGGCCAACCGAGUUCGCAUGGUGCACGCCGGUGCCUUCCGUGACUGUGGUGCCCUGGAGUACCUACUGCUUAACGACAACUUGCUAGCCGAGCUGCCUGCUGAUGCCUUCCGUGGCCUGCACCGCCUGCACACUCUCAACUUGGGUGGAAACUUCCUGGGCCAUGUGGCACGCACAUGGUUUGCCAACCUGGCUGAGCUCGAGCUACUCUACUUGGAUCGCAACAGCAUUGCCUUUGUGGAGGAGGGUGCCUUCCAGAACCUCUCGGGCCUCCUUGCUCUACACCUAAAUGGCAACCACCUCACCAUGCUCUCCUGGGCCGCCUUCCAGCCUGGCUUUUUCCUGGGCCGCCUCUUUCUUUUCCGCAACCCGUGGCGCUGUGACUGCAGCCUGGAGUGGCUGCGAGACUGGAUGGAGAGCUUUGGGCAGGUCACCGAUGUGCCUUGUGCCUCUCCAGGCUCUGUGGCCGGCCUGGAUCUCAGCCAGGUGGCCUUUGGACACUCCUCCGAUGGCCUCUGUAUGGACCCUGAGGAUCUGAACCUCACUGCAUCCAGCCCAGGCCCAUCUUCAGAGCCAGUGGCUACUACUGUGAGCAGGUUCAGCAGUCUUCUUUCUAAGCUGCUGGCUCCAAUGAUCCCAGUGGAGGAGUUGACCAAUACCACCACAGGGCCAGCCAAUGCCUCUCUGUCUGAUAUCCUUCCCUCAGCUGGGGUGGGAAGCUCAGGCCAUAACACCUUAUUUCUUUUUGGCUCUAGUCUCCUGCUCAGUGUGGCCCAGCACGUGGUGUUUAUCCUACAGACAUGCUGACCCUGCCACACU